CCGGGUUCAGAGUUAAUCCGUCCCUUUCGGAGUACCAGUUCUUCUCCGUAUCUCAAUCUGCUAACAAACAAAUAUCCACUUAGUCAAUUCUCUGCCGUCGGAAGAUUAUACGCCGAACCAAAUAAACCAUCCCCUCCUUAUUUGUAGGAUGGGGUUGUCAACCACAGCAAUUUUUAUCAGGAGCCGAGUUGAAGUCUUAUGAGAACUGACCGCUCGGUUGUAUAUGUUGACAAGGCGGAACCAGAAGCUGUUUUGAAAGCGGAAACCAUAUGGAUCGACGGCCAGCCUUACGGUCCGCCGUCAAUGGCGGAGGAGACCAGUGCCGAUCUCACUCGUGAGCACGACAUUUGCAAGGCGAUUUCUCCCCAUCAGUAUGUAACGAAAUGCUUUGGUCUCGUUCAGGAUGAUGAUGGCCGCGCUAUCGCACUAAAGCUUGAACGAGUGGCCAAGGGCAAUCUUCGUCACCUUAUUGAGGAGACUCCAGAACCGCCCUCGAUGCGUCGUCGACUUGGUAUGGCUACUACUGUUGCGGAGAGUAUUAUUCAUCUUCAUUCCCGCAGUGCCAUCUGGGGAGAUACCUCGACUCGAAAUAUCCUAGCCUUCAGUGAUAAUAGCCUAAAGAUGUGCGACUUCGCCAGCUCUGCCCUCAACGAUGCUUACCCUGAGUUCUGAGCCUGCGUACUGUCCACCUGUACCAGAGAAUCAAGUUGGCAAACUUUCCAUGAUGCAACGGGAGCUGUAUGCCCUUGGAUCUGCCAUUUACGAAAUCACAGAAUGGAAGUUCCCAUAUGCAGGAAUGGACGGCGAUGCUUGGGAAAUUGUUGAGGCAGGCACGGUGUCCGUUAUUAGCAACGAGAAUAUUACCAGAGAGAUUAUCAAUCGAUGCUGGAGCUUUGGAUAUGAAUCUGCGAGUGCUAUAUUAGAUGACUUAGCAGCUCGGGCGAAACAGCUGUCGAAGGAAUGAGUGGAAUCACAGAGCCACUGAUUUGGAUGGAGAUAUGAAGAAUAGAGUUCUCAGUAUUAUUGCUACGUGAUGAAAUAAUGGUUUUCAUAGCGGUUCGAGUCAGGUAGCAAUGCGUAGACGUUAUUCAAGACAA